AUGGCUGAAACUGGCGAAACAGAAGAGAGACGGAGGGCUAAAACAAUUCCGGGAAUCGGACUGCCAGCUGGAAGUGACUAUCCGAAUAUUGGGGAGAUCCCGACGGAACAAUGUCAAGAAGUAUAUUGGCGUAAAGAAGUGUCAUCAGCAUUCGAAAUGGCUAAUAACGGAUACAGUUUCUAUCGAAUUCCUGGGACGAAUUCGAUUUUUGCGAAGGAUUUGUCCGGUUAUUGGUAUAAAUUGAAUAAUGAGACGAGAUGUUUUGAAUUCCUGUUCGAAGGAUUCAAGGAUACUACUGACUAUACUCGUAUAAAUCUGCCACCACAAGCGCCAACAUUCGUCGGAUUCAAUUUCCUCCAUCAGGCGGUAUUUCCGAUGAAUGACGACGGGAAACCGAUUUUGCCGAAGGAUGAUAAGGGCAAAACGAUAUUCCCAUUCUACGACGGCUAUCCUCUAUUCCCAGUCGACGAUUCGGGUGCCAUAUGUAUUCCAUUGGGUGACGACGGAAAACCGGUAUUUCCACGUAUUUAUGAGGAAUACGGAGCCUAUGUUCCGUGUGACGUCACCGGUCGUGUGGUGUUGCCGAUGAACGAAAAGGGCGAACCGUGUUAUCCGAGAGAUGAGGAGGGAAACGUUCUGAUGCCUUUUGUGAUUUCUGAAGAUGGGACGAGGAAACGAGCGGUUUAUACGGAUGAUGAUGGCACUCCAAUCCUUCCAUUUCACAACGGAGAGCACGCUUUGGAGGUUCACGAAGGAGAAGUACUGUUUCAGUACGAAUAUCAACAAAAAAUGAUGAUUUUGGCACAAUUUACGGCUGGAAAAGGUGUCCAAACGACGAAUAAUCAAUUAAUGGAUGAACAAUUCUAUCAAAAACACGCCGCCCAUUAUCAGAAUCAGAUGGAUUUGACGACGACGUCAUCGGAGCCUUCUGAAUCCUUGAAUACUCGAAAACCGCCCAUUGAAACUCAAAAAACGGCGAAUCCGGCGGCGAAUUUGCUGCUGAAACAACUGAGUUUUAUGAAAAAGAAACAGACGCCUGUUUCGGUGGCUGAAAAGCCGUCGAUUCCAGUGGAAAGACCACCGAAACCGAAUCGAGAAAAGGAGAGGGCGGAGAGAUUAUUCCGGAACCGAUUCGACGCAAUAGGUGCGGAAAAUGAGCAAAAAGAGCUGAAAAAUCGAUAA